UUAUGAACAGAAUUUAAACGGUACAGAAUUGUCUUCCAAAAUUUGAGAAAAGAUAAAGAAUUAACGAAAACGCUGCUACCGUCAACGGUUGGUCUUAAGGACGCGAUUCAUUUCAAAGAGUUACAUAAAGAAUAAGUCAAGUUUACGUGGAACUUAUUUUGGUUUCCUAAAAUUAAACCACUGUCAUUAAUAUCUGCAAAUAUUUUAACAAGUUGGUUGGAAUUAAGUCAACUCUGAGUUGCAGAAAUAUCAUUAAUUAAGAGCAAAUUAAUACAGGAGAACUUAUAUUUUCAAAGUGAUCUUUAGACCCGAUGUAAUGGUGAUUCCAUUAUUUACAGGAAAAAAAAAAUCCUAAACAAAUCAGAGCUUGGAUGUGUCUGGUUAUUUGUUGAGUAAAAAAAAAAUCAAAAAUAAAAGGGCCAUUGCCUGUGAACUUAGCGGUAUCAAUUUUAUUUUAUAUUUUAACCCGUGGAAAAUAAUAAGUUUAGAAUAAGCGAAAGAUAUAGACUGAACUGAGGAAAAAUAUAAAGAAAAAAAUGAGAGAAUUGCUGGCGAUUUUGAUGAUUUUUGCGAAAUAAUGAAAGGAAUCUGAUGUGUUUACUACAUUCAUUAUGGAAUUGCAGUGUACACGACUGAAGUCAGUUGUUAUUCAAAAUAGUCAUACCAAAUCUGAAAAGCAGAAGCCGCCUAAAAGGACCAACCGCCAUCAAUCCAAAAGCGAUUACACUGCUUCCAAACGCCGAGAUUCUAGUACUCCAUCACGUGAACAAACUCAUACCUGGCACCGAAGCUUUGUUCCUCGAUCUUCAGACAACCAAUGUUAUCCAAGAAAGAAAAAUUACCAGAAUUUGUCAAAGAGCAAGAAUAGCCGUGGGUCGAAGCAUUCGGAAGAGGAGCGACGCAGUAAUUAUCCCAGCACCAGCCAUGAUUAUGAGUCUUCCAAAAGUGCAGAAUCUAUCCAAGACAGUCCACAGAAGCGACAAGCCUCCACGAAAAAACCAUCGUUUCAUGAAUCCCGAAGCAGGGAAAGAGAGAACUUUACUUCAUAUAACACUCCCUCCUGGGAGUGGAACCAUACGAUCGAUGGUUAUCCUACUUACCAGCAGAACUUUUGUGAUUACGAUAAAAACUUGUGGCCCAAUGAAUACCCGGUGCCCAAUGUGGAAUUUUACCUUCCGUUGAAUUACGACCAGAGCCAGAACCCUCCCAUGCCACCGCAAUCUACACAUGAAACGACCAGCUGUUAUUUCCCCAACCAAGCGCUCAGUAUACCGGAAGAGCCGCAUUAUGCGAUACGUGAACCCUCCGAUGAGGUGUUCAACGAGGGAUUUUACAACUAUGAUUUUCCUUACAGCUUUUUAAACUUUCGUGACAACAAGAGCUGGAUAAACCCACCAAUAGAAAAUAAGGUGAUACCGUGUACAGGUUACUCUAACUUUCCGGUCAACAGCUUUUUCAAUCCGCCAGGAGGAUUUCUGCAAGACAGCACUUCAGGCAUGAACUUUCACUCUGAUUCUGUCCAUUACAUGUUUCCACAAGUCCCACAGUUCUGUGACAGCUACAUUCCAGUCAGACAACACAUUAUACCAUCGAUUCCAAAAAGCACAAAGAAAGCCCCCAAAGACAAUUCGAAUGAAUUCGACGAGGCUUUGAAACGGAUUAUGAUGGAGCAAUUCUCCUUGUUUACAAACUUCACCCCACAAUUUAGCACAUGGUGUUUGGAAUGCUGUGGUUGGGACUAUGGAAAAGCAGCUGACAGUUUCAUCUACAAUAGUCACAUCGUGAAACGAAUUCCUUACAUGGCUUACAACGCAUAAGAAAACUGACGAAGAA